UGCUCCGAUUGAACACUCAUGUAUGUUGGUUUGUAUUGGCAUCAUCCACAUCGGGAUUUAUCUGUUUCGGUCAUUGACUUACCCCCCAUCUAAUUGAUCGCCGGUGAACGCAAGCAGCAACCAACCAACCAGUCAGUAAAGUCAAGGUGGUGUGACCUGCCAGCAUUCCCUGCCAUACUUCAAAGCUUUCAUGGCACCCUCUUCCUCUUCUUCUUCCUCUUCCUCUUCCUCCUCCACCUCCACAUCUUUUUUUCAACCUCCAUCAGCUUCCUCCAUCCUCUCCACUGCUUCAUCCCGUCUCGCCUCCCUAUCCUCACACAUCAUGGGCUCCGCAAGCCCCACUGUCUUCUCUACGGCCAACGUGCCCGCCGCCCCCGAGGAUCCCCUCUUCGGUCUCGCUCAGGCCUUCCGCCAAGAUCCCUCUGACAAGAAGGUCGAUCUCGUUAUCGGCGCCUAUCGCGAUAACAACGCCAAACCCUGGAUUCUGCCGGUUGUGAAGAAGGCCGAUGACCUUGUGCGCAACGACCCCAAUCUCAACCAUGAAUACCUCCCCAUCAAGGGAUUGGCCGAUUACACCAGCGCCGCCCAAAAGCUCAUGAUCGGUGCCGACAGCCCCGCCAUCCGCGAGAAUAGAGUCUGCACAUUCCAAACCAUUUCCGGCACAGGCGCCGUCCACCUGGGCGCACUCUUCCUCGCCAAAUUCCACCCCGCGCGCCCCUCCAUCUACCUCUCUAACCCCACCUGGGCCAACCACCACCAGAUCUUCACCAAUGUCGGCCUCUCCCUCGCCAACUACCCCUACUUCUCCGCCAAGACCAAGGGCCUCGACUUCACCGGCAUGCUCGACGCCUUGCGAUCCGCCCCCUCCGGCUCCGUCAUCCUCCUUCACGCCUGCGCGCACAACCCCACGGGCGUCGACCUGACCCAGGACCAAUGGAAGGAGGUCGCCGUCGUGAUCCGCGAGCGCCACCACUUCCCCUUCUUCGACUGCGCCUACCAGGGCUUCGCCUCGGGCGACCUCAGCCGCGACGCCUGGGUUGUGCGCUACUUCAUCGAACAAGGGUUUGAGCUGUGCAUCGCGCAGUCCUUCGCUAAGAACUUCGGUCUGUACGGUCAGCGCACGGGUGCGUUCCACUUCGUCUCGGCGCCGGGCGCCGAGGCUACGGCCAACAACUCCAACAUUGCCUCCCAGCUGGCGAUCCUCCAGAGAUCCGAGAUCUCUAACCCCCCUGCAUACGGUGCGCGCAUCGCCAGCCGGGUGCUGAACGAUGAGACGCUGUUCGCGGAGUGGGAGGAAGACCUGCGGACGAUGAGUGGGCGGAUCGCGGAGAUGCGCAAGGGGCUGCGGGAGAGACUCGAGGCCAAGGGAACGCCCGGCUCGUGGCAGCACAUCACGGAUCAGAUUGGCAUGUUCAGCUUCACGGGGUUGACGGAGAGCCAGGUCAAGGUCCUGCGCGACAAGUGGCAUGUUUACAUGACGAAGAAUGGGCGCAUCUCGAUGGCGGGUCUGAACACGAAUAAUUUGGAUUACUUCGCCGAGGCCGUGGAUAGCGUUGUGCGGGAGACGUCAUGAGUUCUUUUCUUGUCUUGAAUGUUGACAAAGAUACACACAUACAUACAUAAACCAUUGGGUUCUCAUAAUGCGCAAAAGAAUUAGAAUGUCUACUGUACAGUUUUGAA